UAAAUUUUAAAUAAUAAAAAUAAUCAGGCAACAUAUUUUAAUAAUACCAACACCGUAUACGAUACCAUUAAUAAAUUAUUAUCUGUGUUUAUUAUUUGAAAUUUUUAACUGUUGAUAUUAUAUCGGUAAUAGUAAUUGGUAACCAGUGUGUAAUAAUUAUUAACUUACUAAUGUCAGGUCGAUUUUUGUGUACCUUUCAAAAACGUUAUUUUUCGGGCUAAUGGUUGUAAUGUGCCGAUAUAAAUUGUUAUUGCUCGUAAAUUAAAUACAUACAAACUGAUAUAGAAUAUGCAAAAUAUAAGUAUGCAUAGUGUAGAAUACAAAUUACAGAACCCGGAAGGCACGCCUACGUUAAUAGAACAGUGUAGGAUGGAUAGCGGAACAUCAAACAUCUUCAUUGCUCGUAUUAUGUCUGAAUAUUGAUAUCACUCAGUUGAACGGAAAAAAAACCAAUUUGAAAAUGUCAGUUGAAUUCAACAAUCUUAUGGUUAGUGAUAGUGCUAAUAAAUUGGAAGUUGCCGAAUUGUCAGAAUUGAUUGAAAAUCGGUUAUAUUUCAUGGUAUUAUCUAAUCAUAAGGGUCCAACAACGCUUCAAACUUUCAAAGAUUGGAAAAAUUCAUUGAAAGACAACAAUAUAUUUUAUUUGAAUGUUGAUGACAAUUUGGUGUAUGAUGGUUUUUAUAGUGAUUUUGGUCCUUUAAAUUUAGCAAUGAUAUAUCGUUAUAUUGGUAUAGUACGAGACAAGUUAAAAGUUUUUAAGAAAGUUGUUCACUGUGCUCAUAUUGGUGAUCAAAAGAAAAGGUCAAAUGCUGCUUUUCUUAUUUGUACAUAUUUGAUAAUUGAAAAUAAUUGGACGGCACACCAAACAUAUAAUAUAUUAUCACAACAAUAUAAAUAUAAAUAUUUACCAUUUAGGGACGCAUCAUGCUUGUUGCAAUCAGAAUAUUCAGUUUCAGUGGAAGAAUGUGUUAAUGCGUUAUAUAAAGCUAAAUGGUAUGGAUUUUUUGAUAUGAGUGACUUUGAUUUGGAUGAAUAUGAAAAAUAUGAAACUGUGAAGUAUGGUGAUAUCAAUUGGAUUGUACCUGCUACCUUAUUGGCAUUUUCAUCACCACAUACUCGAGAUUAUAUUGACAAAUCUGGCUAUCAGAUACAUUCUCCAGCUUACUAUUAUCCGUAUUUUAAAGAAAAUAAUGUCAAGCAUGUAGUUAGAUUAAACAGUAAAAAGACAUAUGAUGCUAAACGCACCUUUGUAGCAGUGGCUAAUAUUCAACACACGGAUUUAGUUUUUACCGAUGGUACACCUCCUUCAGAUUCUAUACUCAAAUACUUUCUACGUCUUUGUGAGCAGUAUAUUGAUGAUAAUUGUGAUGUUGAACUCGCAAAUGAAAAAAGUGAAUCAAAUGAAAUCUCAAACACAAUUAUAAAUAGUGAAGAUGCUAUAGCUAAAUGUGUAGGUGCUGUGGCUGUACACUGCAAAGCUGGAUUGGGAAGAACUGGUUGUUUAGUGGCUUCAUAUAUUGUGAAGCAUUGGUCAUUUACAGCAGUUGAAGCUAUUGCAUGGAUUCGUAUAUGUCGACCUGGAUCAGUAAUUGGUGUGCAGCAACAAUGGCUAAUUGAUAAAGAAGAGUAUCUAACCAUACUGGGUAAACAAUGGCGACAAAGAAGAAAAAAUGCUGUUGACAAAUAUAAACGCUUCAUAAAUGGAAUAUAUAGUGCUAAACGACAUACUUCCAAUGCUAAUGCAUAUGAAUAUGUAGAUCCGCCUCCUCAUUUAAACAUUAGUAAUGAAAAACAAUUCACCAGCAGUAGUAGUGGUAAUAGUGAAACAUGUGAAGAAUCUGAAGAGUACAAACAAAGAAGAUUAUCUUCUGUCUUAAAAAGUAAAUUGAAGACAAACAACCAAGCACUUCCUAAUGUUCAAAAUGAUGUAUAUGUACCAAACCUAAGACAAAAAAGAUCUGCCUCAAAAAACGAGGACCCUAAGCCCAAAAGUACAUUUUCAGCAUUAAAAAGUAUUCGUAGAGUUACAAAUGCGUCUAUUGGAAUAAGUAUGAACAGUCUGGUGAAAAAAAAUAAUACUACAUCAACAAUUACUAUCACAAGAAGUAAUUUAAAGGCUUCUUUAGUUGGGAAAAAAAAUACUAAACCAAUAACUGUAUGUAAAUCUAGCACCAAAUCAACAAGAACUCAUACAUCAGAAACUGCCACAAAAAUAACUGACGAAACAAAACCAUCAUAUGCAUUAGCUACUGUGGCAUCAUCUGCACGUGUAUCAAGGCGUCUUCGUAAUCAGAACUGCAUUACUAAAUAAAAUUAUGAAUACAUUCAUAAUUCUGAGUGCAUACAAUUAACGAAGAAUGAUAAUCCUUUUAUAGAUUGAAGCAUCACAUGCAUACAUACAUACAUACAUACAUACAUACAUUAGAGAUUUAAUUCUUUAGAACAAUUAAAAUGAUCGGAUAGAUUUUUAAUGGCUUAGUCUUGAAAAUGUUUGGAAAUUUCAUCUUGAGUUCGAUAUUGAUUAAUAGUGGUUAGCAUUUAUUCAAAUUAGAUAUAAAUGAAUUUUAUUUUCCAUAGUAUUAUUUUAAUACUAAAUACUGGACAUAAAUUAAGUUUGUAUUUUUUUAUUGACUGAUAGGAAUUUAUUGUUAACUUAUUUUAUUUUAUUUUUAUUCAUUAUAUGUUUUUUACAAUAAUUGUUUAUGGAAACUUGUAAAUGUAUCAUUUUUAAAGGGUAUCAUCUCUUUUUUCCCCAUUUUGUGAGGUCAUGGAUUAUAUUUGGAUGAGUAGUAAAUUAUUGUUAGUAUGUUUAGGUUUUCAUUUAGGUGAAAUUCUUAAAAUCACAUAUUGUUUUAGAGAAUUUAUGCAUAUUAUUUAGGUGAGAUUAAAUUUUUUAAUUGGCUGAAUUUUAUAUGGAUAGCCAGCAUGUCUAAUACAUUUUCCAUUUUUAGAGAAUUAGGAUUCUCUGUUAGUUUUAACUAGCAUGGUCAAAAAAUGUUUCAACAUAAUUUUUAUUAGUACAAUUAACUCUUGAUAAUUUGAAGUAAAUGUUUGUUCUCUUGAAAAUCUUGCAAUAAUUCAAAUAUAAACAAUUAAUUUAAGUAAAUUCGGUAAUUCAAAAUUAAAUUUUGGGAAAACUGUCUUUUAACACAUGAACAUUUGAAGUUUCAUCCUUACAACGCUUGGUAAUUCGAAGUAUAUUCAUUAAAUGUAUUUCAUUAUAAUGUUAACUACAUUCUUUACUAUACAAUUGUGUAUAAAUUUAGCUUAUUAUUUUCGAUAACGAUUACUGAUUACAUCAAAAAAUAAUAAUCUUUUAUAAUAAUAAAAAUAAUAAUUUUAAAAACGUAUUGACUAUAUUGAUAUAAUAUGUUAUCGUCUAUUUAAAAUAUACUGCAAAAAAUUAAAAUAUUGUAAAAAGCCAAUGUUCAAACAUAGAUCAUGUUCUUAACUUUAAGUUUUAUAAUAUUGUGUAAAAUGUUUGGUCAAUUUACUCUUAAUAUUAAACUAUUAACACAAAAUUGAUUCUACUGAAUUAAAAUUUACUAUGAUGCAAGUGGGUUAAGGGCGAAAAAAUAGGGUUGAUAUUCUUUUCAAUAAGAAUAAAGUAUUUUUAUUUUUUGCCAAAUGAUGAAAGUAUACUUUCUUUGCUUUGGUAAAUUUUGGGUCAUUCAUCCACAUGAAUUAUGUCCCUGUACUUUUUAAUAAUAUAUUUUAAAUUAAAUAAAACUAUGUAUAUGAAAUAGAUAUGACAAAAAUGUAUGUAAUACUCAUGGUUUUUUUUUAAAAAUCAAAUAACUUAAAAUUAUGAAUAAGCCAAUUUUAUAUUUGUCUUAGCCCAAUAUUUACAUUUUUGAAAUUGAACCAUUAGGAACAAGUACCUAAUUUUACUGUGCUUAAUAAUUAGAUUAAUAAUUGUUAGAUUUAGAGGCCUUUAUGAAAUACUAUGUCUGAACUUAAUGUUUGGUGUUAAAUGACAAUAUUUUAUCAUGUUAGAAAUAUUAGACCAUUUAUGUGGACACAUGCCAAUUUAUCAGUGUACAAUUAGUUAGAACAAACUUUUUACUAAUACAACAUAAUAAAGAGUUUAAUCAAACAAUUUUAUAUAAUUUAUUUAAAUACACCUAAAUCAGAAGGUUUUCUUAGUGGUCAGAUAGUGUUUUAAAUUUUUAUAUCUAGCUUCAUAUAAUGAAUAGUACCAAUCAAACAUUUACUUUGGAUUUAAUAUUUACCUGAGCCUUUUUUCUAUUGUAUUAUUAGCUAAUCAUUGUUUUUUGAUUUUAGAUUCCAGACAAAGUUUAGAGUUUAGCAAUAUAUUUUGUAACAGAUCUUAGGUUAUCUGAAUGUCGCUCAAGAUAAUUUUUAUACUACGAUCAUUAAAAUGUAGCAUUGAAUAAUGAUAAUAAUAAUUUGCAUAGAUUUAGCUAGGUAAUUAAUUUUGAUUAUUUUUUUUUAUCAAUGAAUAAUAUAUGUUUGUAAAUUAUUGGCAAAAAAUCAAGAAAUACUUCUAUACAUAAUUUAUUAUAACAUCAUAAAUAUGUGUAUUGUGAUAUUAAUUUCAUUUUUAUUUUGAAUAAUAUAAAAUAAUACAUGCCUGUCCUAUCUUUCAAUUUAAUUAAUACUUAUGUUACAUGUACUUAUAGUAUCCUCCGAGGUUAAUUAUAACAAUAAUAAUAAUUUAGGAUGAAAAUUUAUUUCUUAUUCUCAUCAUAUUUAAACAGAUUUUGUUAUUAUAGGUAUUUAUUAAUAAUACAAUUUUUAAACUGUAUUUUGUUGUUUAAAUUAGUUAAGAUAUUAUUAUUAUUAUAUUACUAUUAACUAAGUAAAUAUUAUAUUGUACAAUUCAUAUAGGAUAUCCCAAUACCAUAAGUAUGUAAGUUAUGUAUUUGACUAUUUUGUAUUAUAUUGUAUUCAUUUUAAUACCAAACUUAAUGACACAUUGAUAUAUAUUUAUUAUUUAUGUAAUUAAUCUUAAUAACUACAUACCUAUUGACUGUUAAGACGUAUACAAAUUAUAUUAUGACUGUAAUGAACUAAUUAGUUGAUCAGAUGUUAAAGUAGAUUUUCAUUAUAUUUGUGUUUUAUUAUUAUUUAGUAUGUUUGAUUAAAUAAUAUUGUUCGAUAAAAUCAAGAUAAAAUUAAUGUGUAAAAUCAUUUAAAUCCAUUCUAGUUAUGGAUAGUGUCAUGAUUAAAGCUUGUUAGAAACAAAUUAUUUCUAUAGAGGAAUGUAUUUAAUGGUUUUUUUUUAACAAUUCAUGUAUAUGAGCAAUAAUAUAGUGUAUUUACUUACCGUUAUAUAAUCAUUAUCUUAAAUAUUUCUAUGAAAUAAGAAUGUUUUAACUUAUAACAUACUAACAUACUAAUGUUAAGAUGAAAAUAUUGAUGAAUAAUAGAAAACAAUAAGUUUUAAAAUAA